AUGUUUAUAUUCUUCACUGGUCAAAGACCCUGCUUUAUCUACCUGAUCUUUGCUCAGUUAGGCAUAGCAAAUAUCAUGCUCCUUUUCUUCAGGGGAAUCCCUUUAGUAAUUUUGAAUUGGAAGAAUAAAUAUUUCCUGGAUGAUGUAGGAUGUAAGAUUGUCUUCUAUCUUCAAAGAGUCGGACGUGGAGUAUCUAUCUGCAGCACCUGCCUCCUCAGUAUUUACCAGAUCAUCAUCAUCAACUCCCACUCUGCCAAGUGGGCAAAUCUCAGAAAGAAUGCCCCCAAGUACAGCUUGAUCUUUUCUGCCUUUUGCUGGGUACUCAAUGCAGUCAUAUAUGUUUUUAUUCCAAUAAGUGUAAUAGGACCUGUGAAACAACAAAACGUCACACGUGGGAUUGAUAUAGGCUAUUGCUAUUGGAAAUAUCAUUUGGAUUAUGCAGCAUUUAUAUAUGUUGUUCGAGAUGUUUUUUUUGUGUGUCUUAUGAUCUUUUGCUGUGCAUACCUGGUACAUUUUCUACACAAUCACCACCAGCUUGUCCAGCACAUUCAUGGGGCCAAAAUCACUCCCAGUAAAAACCCUGAGAUCAAAGCUACCAAGAGAAUUGUGCUAUUAGUCAUCACAUUUUUCUCAUUUUAUUCUAUCAAUGGCAUCCUUCUUUUAUGUAAUAUCUACUUUCUUCACUCCAGUGUCUGGCUCCUGGACACAUCUGCCUUCAUGACACUUUGCUUCCCAACUUUCAGCCCCUUUUUGCUGACAACCAGUAAUAAUCAUAUAGUUAGAUGGUGUGCUAACUUUGGUAGAUGA